AUGGCUCUGCUGGCCACGCUACGGAAGGAAUGGUUCAUCAUUGGAAUCGUGCUGGUCAUCUUGUCGGCAAAAGCGCAGCCCGGUUUUGGUGCGAAAGGAGGACCGCUGAAGCCGGAGAUCACCGUCUCGUAUUUGGCCGUCUCGCUCAUCUUCUUCAACAGCGGCCUCUCGCUGAAAACGGAGGAGUUGACCAGCGCCGUACUUCACAUCCGCCUUCACCUCUUCGUUCAGUCCUUCACGCUGGUCUUCUUCCCGCUGACGGUUUGGUUGCUGGUCAGGGUGCUGGCGCUGACCGCCGUCGACCAAUGGCUGCUUAAAGGGUUACAGACGGUGAGCUGCAUGCCGCCUCCGGUCUCCUCGGCCGUCAUUCUCACCAAAGCCGUCGGCGGUAACGAGGCGGCCGCCAUCUUCAACUCUGCGUUCGGGAGCUUCCUGGGGAUCGCGGUGACGCCUACGCUGCUGCUGCUCUUUCUGGGUUCCUCGUCCUCCGUGGCCGUGGGCUCCAUCUUCUCUCAGCUCUUGGCGACGGUGGCGGCGCCGCUCGUCGCCGGUCAGGUUUGCCGCCGCUUCCUGAAGGAAUGUCUGGAGCGUAGGAAGCUUCCGUUCGGAGCCGUCAGCAGCGCCGUCCUCCUCGUGAUCAUCUACGGCACCUUCUGCGACACUUUCAGUAAUCCCGGCACGGAGCUGGACUCCGCCAGCCUGCUGGCGGUCGUCCUUAUCAUUUUCUCCAUUCAGCUCACUUUUAUGCUGCUCACCUUUGGAUUUUCUAGCAGGGCCGGCUCGGGAUUCAGCCCCGCCGACACGGUGGCCAUCGUGUUCUGCUCCACGCACAAGUCGCUAACGCUAGGUAUCCCCAUGCUGAAGAUCGUGUUGGCCGGCGACGAGCGCCUGUCGCUCAUCUCCGUCCCCCUGCUCAUCUACCACCCGGCCCAGAUCCUCCUGGGUUCCCUGCUGGUGCCGACCAUCCGCCGCUGGAUGACCGCUCGCCAAAAGUUGCUGAAAAUGUCCAGCCAGCAGCCGGUCUGA